ACUUCCCAAUGGAUACUUCCCUUCGAAUGUGUUUGUGUAUGCAUGCUGGACAUAUCAAUAAUACAAUAACAAUUUGUAAACUGUGAGCGAUUUAUCAUGUAUCUGAAGUAGUAGGAAAAGGCAAGGAUGAGUUCGCAUGUAGUGGUGGGUGCCAUCCCCGAACAUUAUGCGUCGAUAGAUUUGCGUGUGUUCUUCGAUGACCUGGUCGAAGCUGGCAUGUUGACAUGCUUCCACUACCAACACCGUAAGGAACCAGACGCGCCCACACGGUCGUGCAUGAUAGCACUGGACCCGAAACAUAUGCAUAGGCUGAUUGUGUACAACGGCACACCGUGGACAGAUCGCAAUGAUGCACAGACAGACGCCACGAUGACGGCACGCGUUACACUCAAUCUCGUGCGGUGGACCGGUGUAGGUAAGGGGAGUCACAAGACAACAACUGAUCAACUGAGCCAGGAGAAAGAUUCUGGAUUGCCUGUUGUCGAAGUACCGAACGUUUUACGGCCCAAUAUCACCGAGUUACAACCACCGCAGUAUCUGCCGAAUGGUAUGGGUGUGCUUGGAUUAGAUAUGUUGCUGAUGGUGCGCGCGCGUGACCACUUUUCCGCGUAUAUGGCAAUGGAUGCACAGUUGAGUGCUUCAGAUAUCUUACGAGAGUUUUUCAAGGGUGGAAUUUAUAACGUUCGCUUAGCUGGGAUGGACUUUUCGGGUUUUAAGGUUACGGGUAACGUCGGUACACCCAUGCACACAUUGCAACGUAUGAUAGAGGAAUGCAAGCUACCGGUCUCAGUGAUACGUCGAUUGGAAUUGAACACACGACGACGAAUACGUACAGGCCCCAAUGGGAAAGCGUACACGGAUGUGCGCAUGCUGUACCCUGAGACGACAGAGAAUCCGUACGAUUACGAGAAUACGUACAAUCAGCAGCAUCCAACCAAUGAAGACGAGCCGGAGGAGUGGGAUCGUUACGAGGCCCUACACGACGAUGUCGACGAACAAGAGCGAAUCAAAGAGAGGACGUUUGAAGGGGAUGUGGAGGUGACGUGGGAUAAGGGCAGCAGUGGGCUGGUCUUCUACACCGACACCCAGUACUGGAACGCCAACGAGACCGAGGAAGCCGAUGUCAACGAUUGGGAUGCGGAUGAGCGGAUCAAUACACCCCCGUGCACAGACGUACCCAGUGACCUAAGAGGCCCUUACACAGGCAAACCCCGAGCACGGGAAGGGCAGAGGGGGGGGUGGGGGGUGGAUGUGGUGUAUCUGGACCACAACACACGGCAACGCGCUGCGAUGCUGGAGCGAGAUCUCGAGCAACGGGAGUGGGAUGUGGAGCAUAUGCGAGAGCAGGCUGCAGGGAGUAGAGAUAGUGCCACCAGACAUAUACGUGCGAGCACCUCAGAGGAAUAUACGGGUCCAGAUUCGACAAAGUCGAGUACACCCACGCAGGCCUCUCCGAACAAGCCUCAAUGGAAAGCAGCCGUCCGUGAUAGGUACGCGCCCUUUGAGGCCUCGACGAAGGGGGUGGGAAGUACUAUACUUUACCGCAGCGGCUGGCGCCCUGGACUUAGCCUGGGGAAAACAGGCAGAGGUGCACUAACAACCCCCUUAGAAGCACAAGGUCAGUCUGCGCACACACGUACUGGGCUGGGUUACAGUGUCGAGACGGAUAGGAGUGUGGGCUUUGAGGUGGGUGGGAAGGGGCCAGCGAAGAGAUACGAUACGGCGUAUGUGAAAAUCCAUACGCCGGGACAUCAGAGUAGGACCCACCCAGGCUCUGAGCAAGUUGAUGCUAACGCACACGCACAUACGCACUCACCCCACGGGGAAGUGCACGCACAGACACGCACGGGUCAAGACAGACCACUGCCACGUGGUGCAGAUGGAGCGGUUGCGAGUGGCGAGUGUGAGAGUGCGUCUCCCAAGACUUGCCACAGAAGUGAUAGAGACAGAGACUGGGCUACAGACCCCAACGGGCCGUGUGGGAAGGACACGCAGUGUGUGGGUGACACACGCAGAGGGGGCAGGGCCUCAGUCGACACUGCAGGCGCACCUGACGAUGUACCAGACGGCCAUACACAUAGGCACGAUACAAGCGAUACCCACCACACAGCUGAAGCGCAUGACAAGCCAGCACCUGGGACCCCAAAAAACGGUACCCCGCCAUUUGACAAUGUACGUCCCUCGCACAGUACGGAGACGGGAAGUAUGAGCCAGGAGAAGAGUGUGUGUGGUGCUACGGAUAGUGGUGUGGAGACAGCACACGCGUCUGGAGAAGGCGGGACGGGAUCAACCAGCCAAGCUGUUACUGACAGUGGGCCCCGCAAUCGUAAAGCGAAAUCAAAGUCAAAGCUGAUCCUGCCAGUGGGCUAUGAAGAUGUGCCGUGGGAUAAGAAUGCAGACACAGAAGACGCCCGAGCGGCCCACACAGUGGAGACGAGUUCGCACCUGCUUCCAGGCAACAGAGGGUACUCUGUCAAAUACAGAGCUGUGGCAUUUGUUGGCGCAGAUGAUCGAGCUACGACGGUCAAACCCGUGCCUCAACCUCACACACCCGGGGUCAUGCCAGGGAUAAGAUACAGUCAGCCCUACUUCACAUCACAGGGGGCGACCACAAAGUCCUGCAACAACCCUACGUGACUGGACAACCCCGGACAACCGGUACAAGACCUGGGAAUGGG